UAUUAAUACAGAAGAAGAGUCAGCAUUUGUGAUGGAGGGAGAUUCAGUCACUCUACACACUGAUGUUAAAACAAAUCAACAAGAAAAGAUUAGAUGGUAUUUUAAUGAUGCUCGUAUAGCUCAAAUCACUGGAGAUCUCAGUUAUAUCUGUACAGAUGUUCAGUGUGAAGAUGCUGAUGAGAGAUUCAGAGAGAGACUGAAGCUGGAUCAUCAGACUGGAUCUCUGACCAUCAAAGACACCAGAACCACAGACUCUGGAGAUUAUACACUAAAGACGAUAAGAAACAGCGGAGACAGUGUAAAGAUCUUCAUUGUUACUGUGCAUGGUUUUUUCAGUAUUAAUACAGAAGAAGAGUCAGCAUUUGUGAUGGAGGGAGAUUCAGUCACUCUACACACUGAUGUUAAAACAAAUCAACAAGAAAAGAUUAGAUGGUAUUUUAAUGAUGCUCGUAUAGCUCAAAUCACUGGAGAUCUCAGUUAUAUCUGUACAGAUGUUCAGUGUGAAGAUGCUGAUGAGAGAUUCAGAGAGAGACUGAAGCUGGAUCAUCAGACUGGAUCUCUGACCAUCAAAGACACCAGAACCACAGACUCUGGAGAUUAUACACUAAAGACGAUAAGAAACAGCGGAGACAGUGUAAAGAUCUUCAUUGUUACUGUGCAUGGUUUUUUCAGUAUUAAUACAGAAGAAGAGUCAGCAUUUGUGAUGGAGGGAGAUUCAGUCACUCUACACACUGAUGUUAAAACAAAUCAACAAGAAAAGAUUAGAUGGUAUUUUAAUGAUGCUCGUAUAGCUCAAAUCACUGGAGAUCUCAGUUAUAUCUGUACAGAUGUUCAGUGUGAAGAUGCUGAUGAGAGAUUCAGAGAGAGACUGAAGCUGGAUCAUCAGACUGGAUCUCUGACCAUCAAAGACACCAGAACCACAGACUCUGGAGAUUAUACACUAAAGACGAUAAGAAACAGCGGAGACAGUGUAAAGAUCUUCAUUGUUACUGUGCAUGGUUUUUUCAGUAUUAAUACAGAAGAAGAGUCAGCAUUUGUGAUGGAGGGAGAUUCAGUCACUCUACACACUGAUGUUAAAACAAAUCAACAAGAAAAGAUUAGAUGGUAUUUUAAUGAUGCUCGUAUAGCUCAAAUCACUGGAGAUCUCAGUUAUAUCUGUACAGAUGUUCAGUGUGAAGAUGCUGAUGAGAGAUUCAGAGAGAGACUGAAGCUGGAUCAUCAGACUGGAUCUCUGACCAUCAAAGACACCAGAACCACAGACUCUGGAGAUUAUACACUAAAGACGAUAAGAAACAGCGGAGACAGUGUAAAGAUCUUCAUUGUUACUGUGCAUGGUUUUUUCAGUAUUAAUACAGAAGAAGAGUCAGCAUUUGUGAUGGAGGGAGAUUCAGUCACUCUACACACUGAUGUUAAAACAAAUCAACAAGAAAAGAUUAGAUGGUAUUUUAAUGAUGCUCGUAUAGCUCAAAUCACUGGAGAUCUCAGUUAUAUCUGUACAGAUGUUCAGUGUGAAGAUGCUGAUGAGAGAUUCAGAGAGAGACUGAAGCUGGAUCAUCAGACUGGAUUUCUGACCAUCAGAGACAUCAGAACCACAGACUCUGGACUUUAUCGUCUACGUAUCAUCAGCAGCAACAGCAUCAGUGAAAAGAUCUCCAUUCUUGCUGUAUAUGAUGCUCCUGAACAAGAUAAAAUGAAGAGAAAGUCAGUGAAGGAGGGAGAAUCUGUUACUUUAGAUCCUGGUGAAGUUAACCUGAAUUAUUUGAUGACAUGGUAUUUUAAUGACACUCUCAUCGCUGAAAUCACAGGAGAUCCCAAUAAAACCUGUACAGAUGGUCAGUGUGAAGACCCUGAUGGAAGAUUCAGAGACAGACUGGAUGUUAAUCAGACUGGAUCUCUGACCAUCAGAGACAUCAGAACCACAGACUCUGGACUUUAUCGUCUACGUAUCAUCAGCAGCAACAGCAUCAGUGAAAAGAUCUCCAUUCUUGCUGUAUAUGAUGCUCCUGAACAAGAUAAAAUGAAGAGAAAGUCAGUGAAGGAGGGAGAAUCUGUUACUUUAGAUCCUGGUGAAGUUAACCUGAAUUAUUUGAUGACAUGGUAUUUUAAUGACACUCUCAUCGCUGAAAUCACAGGAGAUCCCAAUAAAACCUGUACAGAUGGUCAGUGUGAAGACCCUGAUGGAAGAUUCAGAGACAGACUGGAUGUUAAUCAGACUGGAUCUCUGACCGUCAGAAACACCACAAUCACAGACUCUGGGCUUUAUAAACUACAGAUCAACAGCAGCAACAGAAUCAGUAUCAUCAAGAUAUUCAGCGUUAUUGUCACUGGUGAGUAUCAUUAGUCAUUCCAUGCACUUUACUUUGCAGUUUUAGAAAACCGUUUGAA